CGGGUGGCCCAGGCAGCAAUAUCAUCUGCCCUGUGAGCCUAUUCAUCUCCCUCAUUUUGAUGACACUUUCUGAACAUCGUCUCGUUCUAGCGUGCGAUAGUGGCGGUUUUACGUUUACACACGACUCCACAUUUUUGCUGUAGUAAAAUGAAAGGGUCAAUGUAUGCGUUAUAAGAGCGAGAUGGAUAAUCACGUUGGUCGCGUGAGCUCCCGUAUAAAAUAUUCGCAAAAGUCGAUCGAUACUCCAGUGACUUGUAAAGUGUUUCGCAGUUCGGUUUUCUCUCAUACCCCAAGCGGAUUUCAAGUAACUUAGCUCCCGUUAGAACCGGCAUACAAUUUUUAUUUUUUUAGUUAGAUGCUUAAAAUAAAUUAAAAGAGGAGAAUAUCGCUCAUGAUAGCCGUUUUUCUGAUCUUGCGCGAUCAAAAGAGUGCCGCAGAAACUGUGACAGAUAUUUCUUGGUCAAAUUCCCCAUAAUUUUUAUGUAAUACGUCUGCGUUUUGCCUUAAAGUUUAAUUGUGUCCAAAAAUAAGAUUUUUACGUGCUUUUUCUUAGCCGCAUAGAAGAAAGUUUAAUUCAGAAGGAAGUGUUUGAGUUUUUGUUUUAUUAAAGUAAAAAUUUAAAGAAAGCAAAAAAAAAAUGAGUGAAGUGCAAUUCAAGAAACAACCAAAGGGUUUCGCCACGAAAGCCAUUCAUGCUGGCCAAGAUCCUGACCAAUGGAGUGGUAAUCCUGUAAUUCCGCCAAUUAUCAUGAGCACCACAUUCAAGCAGCACGAUCUGGAUGACCACAAGGGCUUUGUCUAUGGCCGAAGUGGAAAUCCGACGAGGAAUAUGCUGGAAAAGUGCCUGGCUGCUCUUGAUAAUGGCAAACACUGCCUCACCUUUGCCUCUGGGCUGGGAGCUACGACUACCAUCGUCUCCUUGCUCAAUGCAGGUGAUCAUUUGAUUGUCACAGAUGAUCUCUAUGGUGGCACAAGUCGCUAUUUGCGUCUCGUGGCCACCCGUAUGAACAUCCAAUCGGAAUUUGUGGAUGCAACUGAUCCUGAUGCUGUGGCGAAUGCCAUAAAGCCCAACACAAAGCUCGUGUGGCUGGAGACACCCACAAAUCCCAGCAUGAAGGUCGUGGACAUUGAGGCUGUCUGCAAAUUAGUUCACAAGACGCCAGGGAUCAUUGUUGUGGUGGACAAUACGUUCUUGUCGCCAUACUUCCAAAGGCCUCUUGAACUGGGGGCGGAUCUAGUUAUAUACUCCGUCACGAAGUACCUCAAUGGACACUCGGACAUUAUCAUGGGAGCUGCUACUACAAAUAAUGAUGAUAUUCACCAGAGAUUGCGCUUUUUGCAAAACUCAAUGGGAAUUGUACCAUCACCUUUUGAUUGCUACCAAGUUAACCGAAGUCUCAAAACACUGGCACUGAGAAUGGAGCAGCAUCACAAAAGUUCCCUCAGGGUGGCACAACACUUGGAAAAGAGUCCAUAUGUGACAAAAGUUCUUCAUCCUGCACUGCCAAGUCAUCCACAGCAUAAAUUAGCUCUUCGUCAGUGCUACGGACACAGUGGCAUUAUGUCAUUUUACAUAAAAGGAGGAAUUCAGCAGGCAAAAGAUUUCUUCAAGAAUCUCAAAGUUUUCACACUAGCUGAGAGUCUCGGUGGUUAUGAAAGUCUCGCAGAGCUUCCAUCACUCAUGACACAUGCUUCUGUUCCGGCUGAACAAAGAGAAAAACUCGGUAUCAGCGACAGUUUAAUUCGACUGUCAGUGGGAUUGGAGAACGUUGAGGAUCUCAUUGAGGAUUUGGAUCAGGCUUUGGCAGCUGCAGUGGCUACGUAAAAAAACAGUCUAUCUAUAUUAUUCAGCAGAUCUAUGCAAUUUUCACUAAGCUCUUGAGCUUCGAAAGAGAAAUUGAGCAACAGUUUGUAGGGGAAAAUGAAUAUGCACCAAAAUCACGUCACGUAGAAUUUUCACGAUGGAAUAAAUACAGCAAAAUGGGUCGUAAGAUUUGAAAUUAUGUUUUAAUAUAAUCUAAAUUCAAUUGGAGUAAUAUAAUGAUGUUUUUGGUGAUACCAGAAACAUUGUGAAGUUUUCGUCAUUGUACAUUGCAGUAUCUCAAAAUCAAUUUAGAAUUUUCGAGAUGUUUAAAUUAAAUUGUGUAAAAUGUUGAUAAUAAUUGCAGUUGUUGUGUACUAGAGAGAAUAAAAAAAAACUUAUAAGGAAUUGCUAAAAAGAAGCUCUGCAUUAUUUUUUAAAUUCAAUUGACAAAAUUCUUUUUUUUUGUAUUGAAAACAGUAAAACUGUAGGAAAUUAAUUCAAAAUAAUUCAAUUCUAUUAAAAUAAAUCUAUUUUUCUAUUUUACAACAA